UCAAACCGAACUGUCAAAAAUGGGCGUUCCCCUUUACUGCUUUAUUGACCCACUUAAUCCAGGAGGUGAAAUAUUGGUAAGAUGUCUCCUUAUGAGGACAACUUUAACUUAUUAGGAAACACACGUGCACAUUAUAACGGUAACACCAUCUGUCAAGUCUAAACGCGAAACGUCAAUAAACGGAAAUGACGCGUUAUGUUUACAAACAUAAAUGCUCUCCUGUCGCGGAGGUGUGAUGCGUAGCUCAAGAUGUCUGCGCCCAUGAACACACGGCUCCCUUCCAAAGACGUUUAUUAUUUUACUAUACGAUCAAAUAUCUACCUGAUUGUGCUAAUUGCAGUGCUUACGUUUCUUCCAUGGAACACGGAGACAAUACUCGACAUCGUCUCUCAGACCUUAAGGUCGUCUGAGAUUAUAAUUGCUUCCAUUCUAACUUCUAAUUUGCUCAUUGGGGUGCAUGUUUCACAAAAGAGCAACUUCAUAAAGAAAUCGUUGUCAUAUAGGAUUCGUGCAAUCUUAAAAGGGGCUUGUUACUAUAUGUUAGCUACAUGCUUCUUUCAUGUAAUAGCUGUUCUUUAUGGGGCACCAUUUUUUGAAAAUAUUUCUCAGACCUUUCACUUUGGAGCUUUGUUGGCCAGCACUGCUGUUUUUCCAGGCCUGUGCAUCUUAGGGCUGAAUGUGUCAAACUGGAUAAGAGUAUUCUCACAAAAUGGAGCAGAUUUAGGGCCAGAGUCUGUCAUACAGGUUAGUGCUGUGUCCUCCAUUGUUGGAGCCUGGGUUGGUGCAUUUCCUAUACCACUUGAUUGGGACAGGGAUUGGCAGGAGUGGCCAAUCACUUGUAUGGUUGGGAAUCUGCUCGGCUACAUGACAGGGCUAGUGAUAUCGGCAAUUCAUUUGUGUGUUCGCUAUAAUCAACUGAGGAAACACAAAGUCACCUAACUGAAAAAGGAGAAAACCAUUUCAUUGGCAACCAUAUGCAUGUGAAUGAUAGUCAGAAUUUAUUACUGGACACAAAGAAUUUGCUUAUAUGUGCAUGUAUAAAUGGGAAACGGGUGUCUGUGUUGUGUUGCAUCAUCACACUGUAUAUCAAAUUGUUACAUGAACAGAAUUCACUGAAAUAGUGCAUAAUGUAUUUGUAGUCAUUUAAUUAUUUGUUUUUCAUGAUGAAAUAUUUUUGGAUUUUUUUAUAUUCAUUUUAUACCUCUAGUCUUGAAAUAAAAACGUUACACUUUA